AUGGACAGCAACAGCACGCAGUGGAGCUACGGCUCACUUCCUCCAUCCAUUCACGCCGAGGUGGUGACUGCUACACCCACCAUCUUCCCCCGUUUGGGCUACAGCAUAAUUUCUUUCCUCAUGUUCAUCAACACGGUGUUAACGGUUUUUAACAAUAGUCUCGUCAUCACCGUGAUGCUGAGGAAUCCGUCUCUUCUCCAGCCAAUGACCAUUUUCAUCCUCAGCCUUGCGGUGUCCGACCUCAUGAUAGGCCUGUGCGGCUCACUGAUCGUCACUAUCACUAACCAGCAAGGCUCUUUCUUUAUUGGCCACAUUGCCUGCGUGUUUCAAGGAUUUGCAGUCAAUUAUUUUGGUCUGGUGUCUCUCUGCACUCUGACCCUGCUCGCCUAUGAGCGUUACAAUGUGGUGUGUAAACCCAGAGCUGGUCUGAAGCUGAGCAUGCGGAGGAGCAUCAUCGGGCUGCUAUUUGUCUACAUCUACUGCUUGUUUUGGGCGGUGGCACCAUUAUUUGGCUGGAGCUCCUACGGACCUGAGGGGAUCCAGACCUCCUGCUCUCUGGCCUGGGAGGAGAGAUCGUGGAGCAACUACAGCUACCUCAUCCUCUACACGAUCCUCUGCUUCAUCAUCCCUGUUAUAGUCAUCAUCUACUGCUACUGCAGAGUGCUCAAAUCCAUGAAGAAGCUGAACAAGAGUGUGGAGCUCCAGGGUGGGUGUUCCAGUCAGAAGGAGAAUGAUCAUGCCAUCAACAUGGUCCUGGCCAUGAUCAUAACUUUCUUUGUAUGCUGGCUGCCCUACACGGCGUUGUCAGUGGUGGUAGUCGUGGAUCCUGAGCUCUACAUCCCUCCACUGGUUGCCACUAUGCCCAUGUACUUUGCCAAGACCAGCCCUGUCUAUAACCCCAUCAUCUACUUCCUUUCGAACAAGCAGUUCCGUGACGCCGCUCUGGAGGUGCUGUCUUGUGGCCGCUACAUCCCCCGCGCGCCCACCGCUGUCAGCAUCAACAUGCGCUCCUUGAACAAGAGGAGCAGGCUGACUUCCUUCAGCAGAAACGUCAACUCUCACAGCAAGGUGUUGCCUCUGUGACUCCUGCCAGUGAAAACAAGGAGCUGUCAUGGUUGUCAAUGUUUAUUGGUGCCUCGUCAAGGACGCAGACCUGCACAUAUACAGGCCCAUGUCUCUCAGAGAGAUAUGUGUAGCCCAGUGGGAACAGAAUUGGCUCAGAGACUGAUGGCUGACAUGGAGGAGGUGGACAAAAAAACUCAUGAAACACAGUGAUACGAUACAAUCCACUCUCCCUGAAAAUGUGCUUCUUUUGUUAACUUUCUCAGAGAUGAAUUGAUUCAUCUGACACUAGUUUGUUUGGGCAUUAUAUUGAAUUGCAUUAUUAUUAUUACAGUGUGUUUCUGUAGUUACUGUCCAUCCAAUCUGUCUAGAAAAAUAAGA